ACUUUUCGCUGUGGACAUGGGGAAAUUUCGCAGUGAGCUUUGCUGUCGAAAUGGGCUAGUUCGUACACUGUGUUUGUUUGUCAACUGACAGUUUGCACUGCUUCGAGUGUGGGUAUAUUGGCCACAGAAGGUUUUGCCAGGACGCACAAAACCCAGCCACACAGGGAGUAUAUAAUGUCGGAGAUAUAGGCUACAAGAAGCGAGGCUUGUGGAGAAAGUAAACGAAGAAGGCGCUACGGUGGCGGACAAUGGCGGAGUCGAACUGGCUGCGCGACCGGUGUCGGCUGGUAAUGGCUCGCUUCGCAGACGAUCUGCCUACCCGCUAUGGAGGUCCAGCGGGCGCUGGAAGAGGGGGAGCCCGACAGGGAGGUCCCCCAGGCGGCCAGAGGAUGUACAAGCAGUCGAUGGCCCAGAGGGCCAGGACAAUGGCUUUAUACAAUCCCAUUCCCGUCAAACAGAACAUCUUCACUGUCAACCGGUCCCUUUUUAUCUUUAGCGAAGAUAACAUCAUACGGAAAUAUGUUAAGAGAAUAACCGAAUGGCCUCCUUUUGAAUACAUGAUCCUGGCCACCAUCAUCGCCAACUGCAUCGUCCUGGCCCUGGAGCAGCAUCUACCCGCCAGCGACAAGACCCCGCUCUCCGAACGCUUGGAGGACACAGAGCCAUACUUUAUUGGAAUAUUUUGUUUUGAGGCCGGCAUAAAGAUCAUCGCUCUGGGCUUCGCGUUCCACAAAGGCUCCUACCUCCGUAAUGGCUGGAACGUAAUGGAUUUCGUGGUCGUCCUAACUGGGAUUUUGGCCACGGUGGGGUCAGACUUUGACCUGCGGACUUUGAGGGCCGUGCGCGUGCUCAGACCACUCAAGCUGGUGUCGGGAAUACCCAGUCUGCAGGUGGUGUUGAAGUCCAUAAUGAAGGCCAUGGUUCCUCUGCUCCAGAUUGGCCUCCUGCUUUUCUUCGCCAUCCUCAUGUUUGCCAUCAUCGGUGUAGAGUUCUACAUGGGCAAGUUCCACCAUACCUGCUUCAAACGGGACUCGGGCGAGCUGGCUGCAGACUUCCCCUGUGGUCUGGAGGCGCCGGCGCGCACCUGCUCCAACGACACCGAGUGCCGGGAGUACUGGAUCGGGCCCAACUUCGGCAUCACCAACUUCGACAACAUCCUGUUCGCCGUGCUCACCGUCUUCCAGUGCAUCACCAUGGAGGGCUGGGUGGACAUCCUGUACAACGCUAACGAUGCUUCAGGCAACACCUGGAACUGGCUCUACUUCAUCCCCCUCAUCAUCAUCGGAUCUUUCUUCAUGCUGAACCUGGUCCUGGGGGUCUUAUCAGGGGAGUUUGCGAAGGAGAGGGAGCGGGUGGAGAAGAGGCAGGAGUUCCUGAAGCUACGUCGGCAGCAGCAGAUCGAGAGGGAGCUGACCGGCUACCUGGAGUGGAUCUGCAAGGCAGAGGAGGUCCUGCUGGCCGAGGAGGACAGGAACGCCGAGGACAAGUCCCCGCUGGACGGUGCGUGGUACAAGAGGAAGCAGAACCCCUCAGUCCUGAAAAGAGCCAAGAACAAAAAGGGCAAGAAUGACCUGAUCAACGCGGAGGAGGGGGAGGAGCACUUCACAGACAUCUCCUCCGUGGGGUCGCCCUUCGCCCGCGCCAGCCUGAAGAGCAGCAAGAACGACAGCUCCUCCUACUUCCGGCGCAAGGAGAAGAGGGUGCGCUUCUUCAUCCGCCGCAUGGUGAAGGCGCAGAGCUUCUACUGGUUCGUCCUGUUCCUGGUGGGCCUCAACACCAUGUGCGUGGCCAUGGUGCACUACGACCAGCCCGAGUGGCUCACCCACGCGCUGUACCUGGCUGAGUUUGUCUUCCUGGGCCUCUUCCUGUCAGAGAUGAGUCUCAAGAUGUACGGACUGGGACCCAGGAACUACUUCCACUCCUCCUUCAACUGCUUUGAUUUUGGGGUGAUCGUGGGAAGCAUUUUCGAGGUGGUGUGGGCGGUGGUGAAGCCGGGGGCGUCGUUUGGGAUCAGCGUUCUACGAGCCCUCCGCCUGCUCAGGAUAUUCAAGGUCACAAAGUACUGGAACUCUCUGAGGAACCUGGUCGUCUCUCUGCUCAACUCUAUGAAAUCCAUCAUCAGCUUGCUCUUCCUCCUCUUCCUCUUCAUCGUGGUGUUCGCGCUGCUGGGGAUGCAGCUCUUCGGCGGACAGUUUAACUUUGAAGAUGAGACUCCAACGACAAACUUCAAACUUCCUGCUGCCAUACUCACUGUUUUCCAGAUCCUGACAGGCGAGGACUGGAACGCAGUGAUGUACCAUGGGAUUGAGUCUCAGGGAGGCGUGCAUCGGGGAAUGUUCUCCUCCAUUUACUUCAUCGUGCUCACGCUGUUCGGAAACUACACGCUCCUCAAUGUCUUUCUCGCCAUCGCUGUCGACAACCUGGCUAAUGCACAGGAGCUCACUAAGUUUGUUUUGUUAUUUUUUGUUUGCGUUUGUUUGUGCACGUGCAGUUUCGUAAAGCAAAAUCGAGGUGCUCUAUCUCGCAGCUCUUCCGUCUCCAGCGUUAAUUCACCCAAGGAGCAGCAGAGGUCGGCAAAGCUGAUGUCGGUGUGGGAGCAGCGGACGACGCAGCUGCGCAGGCACCACCUGCGCGCGAGCAGCGAGGCCCUGUACAACGAGCUGGAGCCCGAGGAGCGGCUGCGCGUGUCCUCCGCCAUGCACAUCCGCCCCGACAUGAAGACCCACCUGGACCGCCCCCUGGUGGUGGAGGCGCGCGAUGGCAACGGCAACGGCAACGGCAACAGCGGGAAGGAGGGGGGAGACUGGGGCACCUCGGGGGAGGGGGAGGGGGCCGAUGAAGCCGCGCCUCUCUCCUCCUCGCACCCCCGGAAGCACCACAGGCACCGGGACAGGCCCGCCAACGAAACCGGCGGCAACGGGGAGGCGGGCGAAGGCAGGGAGGGCGGGGGCCACACCCACCACAGCCGAAACAAGGAGCACAACGGGUCGCGGGGCAGGGAUGGGGGCCGGAGGCACCACCACCAGGGUUUGAUGGACGAGGGGGGAGGAGGAGGUGGAGGGGGAGGAGGAGGAGGGGGCGGUGAGAGAGAGCACCGGCGUCACCAUGGCCACCGCCAGCCGAAGGAGGGGAACGGGACGGGCGGGAACGGGGCGAAAGGCGAGCGGAAGGGGCGGCACCGGGAGGGGGUGCGCCCCGCCGGUCGGGACGCGGACGGGCGGGACGGCGAGGGGAACGGCGAGCGGAGGAGGCACAGGCCGCGCGGGGCCCGCGCCCGGUCCACCAUGGACCAGGAGGAGGAGGAGGAGCAGCGUCGGGACGGCGAGGAGAGAGAGGGCGGCAAGGCACACAGGGGAAGGCACGCAGACGUAGAGGGGUGCGGGACUGCCACCAGUCCGCCCCAGCUCCCCGGGGGUCGGGUGUCGGCCUGGGACAAGCAGGAGGACUCGGACAACCAGAAGAACCUCUCGCGGACGUGCCAGGCGGGGCUCGGCACCAACGCCAUCCACAUCCCCGUCACCCUCACCUCCCCACCGGGAGAGACCACCACCAUACCCAUGAACAACAUCGACGUCGACUCGCUCCCGUUGAACGAAGAGAAGAAGAACCUGGAGGACCAGACCAAAAACGGGCGUCGGCAGAUUCUGCCGUACAGCUCCAUGUUCGUGUUCAGCCAGGCCAACCCGGUGCGCCGUCUGUGUCACUAUGUGGUGAACCUGCGCUACUUUGAGAUGUGCAUCCUCUUGGUCAUCACCAUGAGCAGCAUCGCGCUGGCCGCGGAGGACCCGGUGCAAGCCAACGCCCCCCGCAACAACGUGCUCAAGUACCUUGAUUAUGUCUUCACGGGUGUGUUCACCUUUGAGAUGGUGAUUAAGAUGAUUGACCUGGGCCUGCUGCUCCACCCUGGCUCCUACUUCCGUGAUCUCUGGAACAUUCUUGACUUCAUUGUGGUCAGUGGUGCUCUGGUGGCGUUCGCAUUUUCAGGGACCAAAGGAAAGGACAUCAACACCAUUAAAUCCCUCAGGGUGCUGCGUGUGCUGCGGCCGCUCAAGACCAUCAAACGCCUGCCCAAGCUAAAGGCCGUGUUUGACUGCGUGGUGAACUCCCUGAAGAACGUGCUCAACAUCCUCAUCGUCUACAUCCUCUUCAUGUUCAUCUUCGCCGUCAUCGCCGUGCAGCUCUUCAAGGGGAAGUUCUUCUACUGCACCGACGAGUCCAAGGGGCUGCAGAAGGACUGCAGGGGACAGUUUCUGAACUACAACAAAGACGGCGUGACCGCUCAGCCGCGCGAGUGGAAGAAGUACGACUUCCACUACGACAACGUGCUGUGGGCCUUCCUCACCCUCUUCACCGUGUCCACCGGGGAGGGCUGGCCCCUGGUCCUGAAGCACUCCGUAGACGCCACCUACGAGGAUCAGGGCCCCAGCCCCGGGUUCCGCAUGGAGACGUCCAUCUUCUACGUGGUCUACUUCGUGGUCUUCCCCUUCUUCUUCGUCAACAUCUUCGUGGCCUUGAUCAUCAUCACCUUCCAGGAGCAGGGGGACAAAGCCAUGUCCGAGUGCAGCCUGGAGAAGAACGAGAGGGCGUGCAUCGACUUUGCCAUAAACGCCAAGCCUCUGACUCGCUACAUGCCCCAGAACAAGCAGUCCUUCCAGUACAAGAUGUGGAAGGUUGUGGUGUCGCCUCCCUUCGAGUACUCCAUCAUGACCAUGAUUGCCCUCAACACCAUAGUGCUCAUGAUGAAGUUCUACGACGCGCCUGUCGUCUAUGCAAACAUGCUCAAGUACCUGAACAUCGUGUUCACCACUCUCUUCUCUCUGGAGUGCAUCUUCAAGCUCAUCGCCUUCGGACCUCUGAACUACAUGAAAGAAGCCUGGAACAUCUUUGACUUUGUGACCGUGCUGGGCAGCAUAACGGACAUCCUGGUGACGGAGAUUAUCGACAAGCUCAUCAACCUGAGUUUCCUGAGGCUGUUCCGGGCGGCUCGACUCAUCAAGCUGCUGCGGCAGGGCUACACCAUCCGCAUCCUGCUCUGGACCUUCGUCCAGUCCUUCAAGGCCCUGCCGUAUGUCUGCCUCCUGAUCGCCAUGCUCUUCUUCAUCUACGCCAUCAUCGGCAUGCAGGUGUUCGGGAACAUCGAGCUCAACGAAGACACGUCCAUAAAUCACCACAACAACUUCUGCACCUUCUUCCAAGCCCUCAUGCUCCUGUUCAGGAGCGCGACGGGGGAAGCGUGGCACGAGAUCAUGCUGGCGUGCCUGAGCCACCGGACGUGUGACGAGCGCUCCGGCUCCGUGGGGAAGGAGUGCGGCAGCGACUUCGCCUACUUCUACUUCGUCUCCUUCAUCUUCCUCUGCUCCUUUCUGAUGCUGAAUCUGUUUGUCGCUGUCAUCAUGGAUAACUUUGAGUACCUGACCCGGGACUCCUCCAUACUGGGGCCUCACCACCUGGACGAAUUCAUCCGCGUCUGGGCGGAGUACGACCCAGCCGCCUGUGGGCGCAUGAGCUACCUUGAUAUGUACGAGAUGCUUCUCCACCUGACCCCGCCCUUAGGGUUGGGAAAGAAGUGCCCGCCCAGAGUCGCCUACAAGCGGUUGGUCAGGAUGAACAUGCCCAUCGCCGAGGACAACACGGUCCACUUCACCUCCACUCUGAUGGCUCUCAUCCGCACGGCUCUGGACGUCAAGCUGGCUUCAGGGGUUCUGGCUCAGAGGCUGUGUGAUGCGGACCUAAGGAGGGAGCUGGGGAACGUGUGGCCCAACCUGUCCCCCAAAACCGUCGACCUCCUGGUGACGCCUCACAAGCAUAACGAGCUGACGGUGGGGAAGGUGUACGCCGCGCUGAUGAUCUUUGAUUACUACAAGGAGAACCGUGCCAAGAGGCUUCAGCAGCAGUCCGCGGGCGGGCCCCAGGGUAAAAUGGGCGCCCUCUUCAGGCCAAUGCUCCCGUUGACUCACGCACAGGACCAGUCAACGCCUGGCAACGCCAAGCCGCCGCCCACCCAGCCCCACCCCCAACCCGAACCCCAGUCUGUGUCCCAGCCGGAGGACCCACUCACUACAACCUCCCUGACCAAUGGGGAGGCAGUACAAGACCAGGAUGGCACCAUCACAGAAUCUCCUUCCAGGGUCAUGGAGAGGUCUCAGGAAGAACAGCACCCGAGGAGGAAGCGAGUACAGAGGGGUCAGUCAGAGGAGAUGCCUUACACACCCAGAGCCAAGGAAUCCGUGGAGAUGACAGAGAUGGAUCAGGAUAGCGAUGCUGGGAUUCACCCUGCUCUGGAGAGCCAGGGGAGAGCAGCCUCUAUGCCCAGACUGAACGCAGAGUCACAGCCUAUCAUUGACGCCAGCCCCAUGAAGCGCUCGGUGUCGACCCUGUCCCCUGCGCCUCAGCGCCCCCAGGAGGUCGACCUGAGCAGCUACGCGCUGGAGCGUCCGACGCAGGACAGGCCGCACCACCACCACCACCACCACCGCUGCCACCGGCGCAGGGAGCGGGAGAAGAAGCAGAGGUCGCUCGACCAGCCCGCCGACCGGGAGCCGUCCAGCGCAGCAGGCACGCCGGGGGACCCGCCGCCCGAGCUCGGGGCCCACGAUCGCAGCCGCUCCCACGACAGGAGGCACCACUCCUCGUCCGCCGCCAGGAAGCAGCGCUACUACUCCUGCGAUCGCUACGGCAACCGCGAGUCCUACCCCGCCGUGCCCGCCUCCUCCAGCUGCGCCGUGUCGCCCAGCGAGGCCCCGGAGCCCCUGCCCUACAAGCCCAGUGGUUCUGCCAAAGGGAGCCCAGUGACGCUCACCUCCGGGUCCAGCACCCCGUCCCGAGGGCGCCGGCAGCUCCCCCAGACCCCCCUCACGCCCCGCCCCGGCGUGGUGUACAGGACCGCCAACUCCUCCCCCGUGCCGCCGGGCCCCGGGGGCCGGGGGGCCGGCAGGCUGAGCCGGGGGCUGUCGGAGCACGACGCCCUGCUGUGGGGCGAGCCCUUCUCCCCCGUGCCCGUCACCCGAAUCGGCUCCGACCCCAACCUGGGCCAGCAGCCCCCGCGGGACCGGGACCGGGACCGGGGCCGGGCCCCCGCCCAGGACACGGACCUCUUCCAGGACGCCCUGAGCUCCCACGGCGGACGCUCCGCCCCCCGGACCGCCGCCCCCCAGGCCAUGGCCACGCCCAUGGCCACGCCCCCGCAGGCCACGCCCCCGCAGGGCCGCGGCGUACCCAACGGGUAUCACUUCGCCAUGGGGCUGAGCGGGGGCCCCGGGUCCAGCAGCACGGGGCCCCCCUGCCCCAGAGAGGCUGGGGACGAUGAGUGGUGCUAGCCUGGAUACAACACACACUCACACACUCACACACUCACACACACACACACACACACAUACACUCAUACACACACACACACACACAUUCACACACUCACACACUCACACACUCACACACACACACAC